CUACGUCACAUCCGGUCAGCUGUCGCUUCCGGAUGCGGUGAAACAGCGGAGGAGCAGAAAAACACCGCGCGGACAUGGAUUAAUUAAAAUGACAAGAAGCUACACGUAAAGUCGGAGGACACGCCAGCACAAUACGACAUGGAUUCACGGAGACAAAAGCCGUCGCUGGAAACUGCGUGUUAGCGGCGUUUUACCGUCGGACGGUCCGUUAACGAGCCUUGUUUUCACUGAGUGGCCGUGUUUAUGUCUACUUGCUAGCUUAAGCCAGCGUAGCUUUAGCCGCGCCGCGCAGACAAACAGCGUCUAUCUGCGAGGAGAUAAUGUGACCUGCCGUGUUUUUGAUAUAUAACAGUGGGAAACAGUGCGGUGCCUGUUUGAGUACAGCUAAAAAGAGUUUGCUUUGGUCGCUUUGGGGCACAGACGCUGUUGCUUCUUCUUCUCACCGACAACACAACAUUUACUGUUGUUUUGAAGCGCCCAGGACACUUUUGGGAAUCGCAUCUGAAAUCAGCUUUUGUACCCUCGGACGAAAUGGGUGUAAUCUGGACUUCAGUCAGCACAAAGACAACAGAGCAGACACUUUGUAAAUAACACUUCCUUGACAGCCGGUAGGCUCCACUACUUUUCCCUUGUUCUGCUGACAGGGCACAUAAACUGCAUCCUGUGUUUGGAUUUCGCUGAAGUGAAGGAAAGCUUCCUUUUUUUCUUUUUAGUAUUUUAUUUAUUUUUGUUUGUUUCCGUGCGACUUAUUUUUGUUUAUACUAAAAUCUUCAGCUCAACAGUGAAAGAUGAAUGGCCUCUCUCUCAGUGAGCUCUGCUGCCUGUUCUGCUGCCCGCCUUGCCCGAGCCGCAUUGCAGCCAAGCUCGCCUUCCUGCCCCCGGAGCCCACAUACGCCUUUCUGCCGGACCCGGAGGCAGGCCCCGCGGCACCAGGGGGAACGGGGACGUCGAGCCUGCGGGCACGGAGCGGAGCGUCAGUUGCUGGAAGCGGAGGUGCAGGGGCUGUGGAGGGGAGGUGGAAGCUUCACCUGACAGAGCGAGCAGAGUUCCAGUACUCUCAGAGGGAGCUGGACACAACAGAGGUGUUCCUCGCUCGAUCCACCCGAGGGAACAGAGUCGGCUGCAUGUACAUUCGUUGCGCUCCUAAUGCCAGAUUUACAGUGCUGUUCUCCCAUGGCAAUGCAGUCGACCUCGGCCAGAUGAGCAGCUUCUACAUCGGCCUCGGCACCCGCAUCAACUGCAACAUCUUCUCCUACGACUACUCAGGCUACGGCGUCAGCACUGGCAAGCCCUCUGAGAAGAAUCUCUAUGCAGACAUAGAUGCUGCCUGGCAUGCCCUGCGCACACGGUAUGGCAUAAGCCCAGAGAAUAUCAUCCUGUACGGACAGAGCAUUGGUACAGUUCCCACUGUAGACCUGGCAUCGCGGUAUGAGUGUGCUGCCGUGGUUCUCCACUCACCUUUAACAUCUGGUAUGAGAGUGGCCUUUCCUGAAACAAAGAAGACCUACUGCUUUGACGCUUUUCCCAACAUCGAGAAAGUGUCCAAAAUAACUUCUCCGGUGCUCAUCAUCCACGGGACAGAGGACGAGGUGAUCGACUUCUCCCACGGCCUGGCCCUGUUCGAGCGCUGCCCCAAGGCCGUGGAGCCUCUCUGGGUGGAAGGAGCGGGACACAACGACAUUGAACUGUACAGCCAGUAUCUGGAGCGCCUGCGCCGCUUCAUAGGACAGGAGUUGGCGGUACAACACGCCUAACCAUCACCUCUGCAAUCGGCCCCGUCACUUUUUUUUCCCCUGAUCCACUUAAAGCCUCACCUCUCUGUGUCCAAGAUGGAAAUCUGUCCAAGAGUCAUCUAAACCGUCCCUCAGCUUACCAAUGCUUCCAGGACUGUCACGUUCAACGUAUUUUAGUGCUUCGUUUUCGGGGCGUAGUUUGCCUGUAAAGGACCGUGGAUCUGUGAGCCGCAGAGGAAUGGAGCAGCGUGUUCGUAAUCAAAUGUGUGCGACUGCGAAAGACUUGUUUUAUAGCAAGGACUUUAACAGUACAGCUGCUAUGUGUUAUAUGGUAGCAGAUGUAUUCCUAUACUGUGCAAUAACAUGGACGGCGUCCAAAAGAAAAAGGCUUUUGUUGAUAUUAGAUGAAAGAGUUAACAAAAGAACAAACUGAGAAGUAAUCACGGAGAUCAACUACAUCAUGGUCCGCAUGGACAGAUACUUUAAAUUUUCCAGCCUGUAGUUUGUUUAGCUUUAAUUUCUGCUCUUAACCCAAGUUAGCAGAUUAAUAGAGAAGCAUGGAAGGCGCCUUCAUUAAAGGACUCUCCAUGUUCUCAGAUGGGUUGGGGAAUAUUUUCUGAUAAUUAUUGAAAUCGCACACAAGUUUGUAAAGAUUCUCUUUACAUCGAAUUACCACUUUCUAUUAGUUGCACCUGUAAAGUCAAAUGCAAUCCAGAAGUGUUGAUUUAAGGUGCUGUCUUGUCAGUUUUUUAGUUUGUGUGGUUGGUGUAGCGUUGGACUGCAUUAUAUUGGAAGGUGUUUCUAAUAUUCUGCCUCCCUCAUAUAUGUCCUUUUAAGGAUGGAUGAAAGUGGUGAUUCGUAUAUAUUCCUGGGAAAAAAAUGAUACAUCCAUGGAUAUAAGUUUGUAUUUUGAGUCUUUAAUUUUGUUUUUAUUGUACUGAACUUUUUGCUCAGGUAGCCCUCUUUUAGACAUCAGGGUCAGUGUGUUCCACACUUCUUUGUUUUCUAUGUGGUCAGCUAAAUCGCCUCACAUCUUUUGAGCAAAGAUUUCUGAUAGCAACUUGAUCCGGUGUGAGAUCUUUCAGUUUUAACUAAGUAAAGAACCAGAUUCUGUCACUAAAACUGAGGUACAAACCAAAAGUUUGGUGAGCUGCUGACAUCCCAACACAUCUGUAUCCCAGCACUGGACUGGGAUCAGCUGUGUUAACGGGGACAAAAGUUCAAGAGGCUCAAAAGGAAAAUACCUCCAGGUCUCUCAUUUAGUGGAAUGUCUGAGAGUCUGUUCGCCCUGUCCGUUUUGUUUUAGUCUAGUGUCUGUCUCACACCAGCAGGUCACAGCUGUCAACACCGUUUCUCUCAGUGUCUGGAACAAGAGAAGCAACACUAAAAUUAAACAGGCCUUGGUCGUUUCCCUCCAGCCUGUUUCUAUCCUCUUCUGUGUUUGUAUCCUCAAAUCUUUUUGACACCAUUAUUUGCACUCCAUCUAAAGGGAUGUUUUUGUCAGUGUAGGUAGUGAAUUACCGGUCAACUUUCUAAUUCUAAGGAUUGGUGAAUUUCACAUUCUGAUAAUAACAAGCAUUCCCUCCAUUACUCAGAUAAGCACGGAAAUAUUAUCAUCACAACAGUAACAUAGUUCAUUAGUUGUUUUACAGCUUUAGCAGCACUAAGAAGCUCUUCUGAGACACUUUAGAAAUUCAACAGGUGAGCAGUGUUGGCGCUGCUUCGUCCACUGCCGUUCUGUGCUGUAGUGUCACAAAAAAACUCUGAGCUUUGUGUAACUAGAUCAUCUCUUCAGACGUCUGUCCUCUCUGGUUUACAGUCUUUCUAACAACUGUCUAUUAUAUUUGUUUGUCUAUGCAUACAGGUCCAGCAUAGUUCUUAAGUAUUUAACUUAUUGAUUCUGUGUCACAGUAACAGUGAUGCUGUAGCUGCAAUUAGAUUUGUGUAACAGCUGAAAACUGAAGUGUGUUGUUUUGCCCUUGUGGCUAAUUGAUCUUUUUUUUUUGCGCUGAUUAUUUGAAGAAAUGUCACUUACACAGCUAAUUGGCCCACUCUGCUUCACAAACCUUUUUUUUUCCUGUAAAAUAUUGCAAUUGAAGAAAAUUGGUACAUGGUGAUAUCAGUGCAAAUCAUUGUCGGUUAACUUCUGAAAAUCAUUUUCAAGCUCAUCAUGGCAGAAUCCUGAUAAUUACAAGCGCAGUCUGAAAUGUUUCUGUUAAUGUUGUGUUCAGUUUGCCACCAAAGUUUGAAACCAUAACCAAAAUGUAUGUAUUUAUAGCUAAAACGUAAGAAAAACAAGUGUUUCUACCAGACUGAGUUGCUGUUUUUGAAUUUUGGGCACUGAGCGUUGCAUCGUUAGACUCCUGUUCUGUUUGUUUGAUUAUUUUUGAAGAGAAGUCAGGAGUUUUAGGCUUUUGUGUCGAUGUAUGAACCAAAGUCGAGAAUUUUUAGUGCUUUACCCAGAGUACCUGGCGUUUGUUUUGUAUCUUCAUAAGCAAUAUUGAAAAUUCUCUUAUCAACUUGUUAUUUAUCUAUCUUGAUAUUUUUCCACCACACAUUUGGAUACAAAUUCAUUGUACAUUUCUCAGCUUGCUAAAUAAUUCUAUUUUAUCAUAUCACGUCUACUUUCUGAUACGCAGGAGCAGAAUACCAAUACUAGAAAUUAACCAAACUGUGUGUUUUUCGGGCUGUUUAUAAUUUAUGGUUUGUGCAGGAGUUCAACUAAGCAAUGCAGCAAAGUCGUGUGUUUGGAUACGUUCAGAGGAAAAGUGAUGAACGAAGAGUAUUGACAGGAGCUUCAAGCAAAGACAUGAAAAGCUUUUGUUUUUUUUAAAGUAACUGUGGAUUUCUGUUGAGGAGGCACAUCAUGUUCAGCAUCACACAUUCUUAUCCAUUCUUUAUUAUACUGACAAAUGUUUAGUUUUUAAAAGAUAUUGUCUUUUUUUCCAAGAAUAAGUUAAUAAAACAUAAUCAGAAGUUGAUAAUAA